AUGAGGCCUGUAAAUUUCAAUUUUGAAGGGGUUGCUGAUGACCACCGAAUCUCCUUGUUCCCUGUCCAGGGGGUGCUCAAAAAGCCUUCGAUCCAUAAAAAAAUGCCCGCCAACGACGAAAAUGUCGAUGAACCUCCUCAAAUUCUUUAUAACCAAUCGAACGACUUUAUCACUUGCCGCCAUGAUAGAAGUCUACAGCCUCUCAGCGCUAGAGAUAUCUCCCUUUCCGAGUUCUCGGCCGAACUGGACAGCUACUUAUCAGUGUUAAAGGGGGGUGGGAGUAUUGCCUUCGGCCGCGGGGAGGACUUGGCCAGUAUUCGCCUGAGCAAGUGCCUAGAAAACCUUUUCUUGACCCCAACGCCCACCGUGACGGAGGGGCCACCAUUGACCUGGACGCAGAUCGUCCUCUUUGCCGGCCCUCACUUUGAGGGUCCAUCAAAGCUAAAGAUCGGAGAAUCCUUGGUCGAAUUACCAGAGACUGACUUUGAACUGCUUAGCUCUGGUAGGCCUUGGCGGUUUCUGUACCCUUGGCCAGAUAAAGGCGAUUGCAAAAAGGAACUUCGGUCGAGUGAGAUGGCACUACAGGAACUUGACGAUACUCGGCAGAAAAUACUUGAAGUCUUGGAAAACAUGUCGGUAGUUACGCAACGUCUCACGAAUCAUCACGAUAUAGUUGCUCAACUCUUUCGAGAUCAGCCCCAUACUGCUCCUCAAGAAGAAGCUCUGGAAAUUGGCGGCGUUCGAACCAAUCCUCCUGAUGAAGCCGCUCCUGAUUCACGGGCUUCCAAUGUUAGGAUUUCGAGAGAGGAUACUCUAAGCGACCAAGAUCCGCCUCCCACCCGUGGGGAUAUCCAUUAUUCCAAUAGUGAUCAAGCUACUCUGCCAAUCAUUAAAGAGCUACACGAAAAAGGCCAGGCAGGAGCCUCUGUUUCGGGAAAUAACAGACAACACGAGAAUCCAGAGACUCCAAGCCAAGGAUCCAGAUUACAUUUGUCAGAUUUUAUCCAAAGCCUGAGCGAUAUUCUUGAUGAUCCGAGAAAUACGGAAACACUGCGCUGGUCAGAAGAUGAGCGGUCGAUCAUUCUCGCUCAAGCGAACAAAUUUCCAGCGCAUUUGCUUGCAAAGCUCUCCACCAAAAGCUACCAUUCGCUUGUUCGGCGACUUUAUUACUAUGGAUUUCGCAAAAUCGGGGGUGCAUACCGCCACGAUCUCUUUAUUCGCGGUCAACCCAGCUCCAUACUACCGGCUCGUCAAAUGAGCCAGAGCCCUUCUCUGCCUUCGCCUAUGCAUAAUAGCAUCCCUCGAUCUGGACCUCGAUACAAAGUGAUCAAAAAGAGGCGGGCAAGGCAAAGCGUUUGA